GGCGCCUCCCCCCACAGGAUCCAGGCGCUGGUGGCUGCCGCUGACCGGGAGAAAGGUGCCAGGGUGGACUGCCACAAGGCUCUCGUGGUGCACAAGGUCCGGAAGACGCCAGCGCUCCCUGGUGGUGAGGUUGUUGUUAAUAUCUCUCAUCAAUUGGCACUGUUUGAUCCAGAGGAUGAUGGUCAUGGUGGCUGCCCUGAUUGGACACUACACCCCAUCUUCAACGACGAUGAUAACAACUGUUGUUACACCCACAAAUGCGAGGUCGACGACAAUGAAGAAGAUGGCGAUGUGCUACUUGAUGAGUGUGAUGAAGGCGUUGACGACCAACCGUCGGUCAUGGAUGUAAUCCGGAACAACCGAGAGGCAGAAGGCUUGGAGUUCAGCAUUGACGAUGAGAUCGAUCAGGCUGCUGAUAUGUUCAUCACAAGGUUUCGGAAGCGGAUGAAUCAGAACUUCUAGUGAUCUUGUGUGUCAAUGUCUACCAGCUUGCAUGGCAAAUUAGUCUGAAGCGUAUAUCAAGUUGUAUAUCGGCUGCUAGUAGAUGGUGGGUGUGAGACUUGCAUACCGUAUUUAGGUAGGGAGAAAAGGAGAUGGACAUAUGUUGUCAACGGAAAAUAGGAUUUAUUUUUCUACCA